AUGAUUAUUGAAAUUACUACCGGAAAAAGAGCUUAUACAUUGCCUGUAUAUUUUAAUAAAUUUACCACAAAGAAAAUAGUUAAAAUUCCAUCAGCCAUAUUAGAUGAUUCAGAAUACUUUAUUCAUAAUAUGCAAAAAUAUGUUUCAACAUUCACGAUAUUUGCCGUUUUUCCAAUGCAUCAUAUUGCCCAUUCUGCUCGUCGUGUAAACAUUGAGCCUAAUGAAUUCCUUGGUUAUCAAUGGCCGGCACGUUCCGAAUUUGUAAUGUUUUUUGAAG